GCGUGUUAUGUAUGCGUCCUGCGUGGGAAACAAAGGCACGUCGGUCCAGCAAAUGGGAAGGCGAGCUACGAAGGUACUGACAUGACAGAUCAUCUUAUAUUCGUGGCAUCGAGAAACCACCAGUAUAAUCAUUGCUUAUCGUGUUGGGUCCGGGUUAUACGCGUACAGGUACGGAUACUAUUUUGGACUUGGUACGGUGGUCCCGAGUCAUUCGGAAUCGCCUGUGCAACCAUGGCAUUCCUCAGUUCUCUGCUCCCAUAUUCGAAUCCCUAAAACGAUGAGGGUACUAUGAAGUGUAAACUAGAGAUUUACUGGAAUUGGUCUACCGUCGUUCGGA